UGGCCUCGGGCCGGGACUGUCCGGUCCUUCUCCCCCCCCCGGUCGCCGCUACCGGAAGGGCCCGGCCUGGCCCUAGCGUCGCCGCUGCCAGCAUGAGCGAACGGGUGCUGUGCAGCGCCCGGGCGGCCGUGCUGCUCUACGAUGACCCCCAGAAGCAGUGGGUGCCGGCGGGGGGGGGCCCGCAGGCCCUGAGCUGUGUCCAGCUCUUCCAUCACCCCGGCACCCAUGGCUUCCGCCUGGUGGGGCGCAAGAUGCAGCCAGACCAGCAGGUGGUGCUGAACCUGCCCCUGGCGCGGGGGCUGCGCUACUGCGCGGUGACGCCGCAGUUCCACCAAUGGCGGGAGGGGCGGCGGCUCUGGGGGCUCAGCUUCGGCGCCCCCCGCCAGGCCGCGGCCUUCGCCGACGCCGUCCUGGGGGCGCUGCGGGCGCUGGGCGAGGGCACCCCCGUUUCCUGGCCAGACCCCGACAGCGCAGAAGACCCCGACCCCCAGGAGAGGCAGCCGCUGGAGGACCCCGAGCCCCGCGUGGCGGCCUCAGGCCCCCCUGCUGGAGCCCCUCCGCCGCCACCCCCUGGCCCCCCCCCACCGCCGGGCCCCCCCCCACCUCCUGCUCCCCCCCCAGCCGCGGGGGUGCCGGGGCCCCCCCCGUUACCGGGGGCUGGGGGGGGUGGGGGGAGCCCCGGUUUCGCUGCUGCCAUCGCGGGGGCCAAGCUCCGGAGGGUCAAGGUGAGGGCAAUGAAUUGGGGGGGGGGGGGCGAACCCCCUGCACCCCCCAAGGGUGACGGUGCCCGGGGGGGCACCGGGGGAGGGGGGUUGAUGGAGGAGAUGAACGCGAUGCUGGCCCGCAGGAGGAAAGCCACGCUGCAGGGGGACAAACCAGCGCCCAAGAGGGACGAGGACGUCACCAACGACGAGGCGGAGCCGGGCACUAGGACCCAGGGGCAGCCCGCGG